AUGGCGAGCCCGGCCCGCGGCACGGCGCAUGGCGGCCCGGUCCUCCUCCGCCGCCCCCGCGCAGGGUCGCUCCGCCGCCGCCGCCCCGCUUCGCAGCACCUGGCCCGGCCCGGCCCGCCCCGCGCCGCCGCCGCCGCCGCCGCUCCUCGCCCCGCGGCCGCCGUGCCCGCCCGGGCGCCCAGUGCGCAGGCUCGGCGCUGCCCGAGCGGGCGGGCCGCCCCGCCGGGAGGGGGCUGGGGCCGGGGCCGGGCCGGGGCGGGGGCGCGGCGGCGGAGGGGCGGGAGCGGCUUCCCCCUGCGGCAGCCCCGGGCCGGGCUCGGGGUGCCGGGCUCGGGCGGACCGCCGGCACGGCGAAGGCGGACCGCGUGUGCGUGCGCCGAUGCGCGGCUGUGCGGAGCCGGGCGUGAGUGGCACGGGCAGCGCCGAGCGCGGAGCCGUCGCCGCGGACACGUGAGCCCCUCCCGCGGCGCGCAGCAUUACAUCAGCCGCCCGCCCCGCACCUCUCGCCCUCGGGUGCUUCGCGCAGCCUCCCAUCCUCCCGCACCCGGCGGUGUUUGUAAACAGCGCUCGGAGACGCACGCCGUUAGCGCGCACGCAGACCUCGCUGCUUCCCAAAGAAGCCGUCGCCGAGACGGAGGGGCCGACCCUCGCCCCGGCCUGCUCGCGUCCCGCAGUGCCCGCAGCUCUCGCGAACGGCAAAAGCCGCUCCGCUGCACCUCCGCUGCUCCUCUGUUCCCAAUCCCUCCAAUUCCAGUAGCGUUCGAGCACGAACUCGCCAUUUUCCAUCUGAUUCAUACCAGUGCCAAACAAUCACAAAACCUCCCAAAUGGCCCUAGACGUGCCUCUCUCUUUCCCCCAAUGUUCUCAUGGAACCCGAGCCCCGACAGCAGCAGUCUUUCAUCUUUAGGGGUGCAGACCGCAUCCCUGUGCCCUCCUGCGGCACAGGGCACCCCGCCCGGUCUCCCCGGUCAGUGCUGAGCCAGGCACAGCGGGACCCUUCUUAGCCUGGGCAGAGGGAUGGGUACCCCAGCACCUUCCUACACUGUACCUGAGGAUAAGCGUGUGCCUUCCCUGCCUGCAGUGAUCCCUGAAAAUGUGGGCCUUACACACUACUGAUAAAGUAAAUGCACACAGUGUAGCUAAAUGAAGGAGAUGAGCAUUUAUAAAUGACUGUCACCAAACAAAACAAGAAUUUUUUGAAAUUAAAUCUUCCCUUACAUCUCUGCUGCCCUGAAGUCAAAACAUUAAUGGAUGUGGCAGUGAUGGGGAUUUUCUUCUCCUCAUAAAACCUCUAGUCAGAAUCACAAAAAUGUUCUCUCUUCUUCCUGCUUCUUACUAAAAACUUUUCUUUUUUUUACUUUGAUUGGAUAUUUCUGAAGAAUAUCCAAGAAGUGAGUAUAAAUAGAAGUAAAAAUUGUAAUCAGAAGUAAACAGAAAGGCUAGCAACUUCAGUAUACUUUUUGAUCAACACACACGCAACCUUGUACAAUAUGACCAAGCUGAUCCUGGUAGUAUUUCCUAGUUUUUUUGUCAGCUGCUUCUGCUGAGAUCUGUGGUUUGACCCUUUGAGAUCUGACACACAACUUACCCCGCUUGGAUACCAGGCCUAAAAAGGUUCUCCCUCAUUGAAACUGAUGGGCCUGCAUAUCACAGUAAGGUUCAACAGAUGUGCAUCAUGUUUGAAGGACCACAGACUAUUACAGUAUAUUGGAAAAAUAUAUGUAAUUUUAGCAUUGCUUUCAGUCAAAACCAGCAGUUGGAAGACAAAUUUAUUAUUUAGUUCCUUGUUAAUUUAGUUCCCAGCAAUGUCAAAUUGUAGUCAUACUUAUUUAUAGCUGUAUCGGCAUCAUAUGACCAAAAAAGAAAUUAGUCACAUCUGUUCUGCAAAACCUGCUGCACCGGGCACACGCUGGCACCCUCACACCACCACUGCCACCCUGCAACCACACCUGGUGCUUUAGGGCAGAAUGGGAUUAAAUUGGCACCCAGAUGAGUUAAGUGGGACAGAAUCCCAGAUUGCACUAUUGUGGUGGAAGUGGACUCCAGGCCUCAAACCUGUGUGUGCACUCCCAUAUCUCACCACCAAUUUACCUUUUUUUACAAUUUUUUUUUUCCUUUGCUCUUUUGGUGUGAAGCCUUUCAACUGCAAGUCUGUUUCUGUUGCUGGGUCACUAGCUGUGAUGGGAACAUACAGAGGCCCAAAAUAAAAUUGGGGUCUCCUAAUGACUGAUUUGGCUAAUAGGUGUCAUUGCUGCAAAAGUUUUGAAGAGCAAAAUCCAGAGAGGUCUGUUAUGGAAUCGAAUAGGAACAUCACAAAAGGCCGCAGUCUGCUCUCCAAAAGCCUUUUUCAUGUUAGAAAUAACUCCAGUGUUUUUCUCACAUUCCCAUUCUCACAAUGUGUCCAAGCACAAGGUUUGGCCCAGGCUUUUUGUAUAGCUGCACUGACUCCGAGUGAGGGCUCUUCCCCUUUACGUAUGUUAGGCCAAUACACGGAAGCCAGCUUAGCUGACUCUUACACAACCAGUGGAACUAGCUUUGAAUUUCGUAUGGUCUCUGCAAAAUGCAUGAAAGAAAAAAUGGCAGCUCCUUAUAUGCAGUUUGCAUGAUUAUAUAUAACUAAAAAAAAAAA